UGUCAUACCAUUGUGUUUCAUGUAAGUUGUGUUUGUUUUUACUACAGAGGUGAAGUAGUAGUAGGUAUUCACAUAUACUUGGUAUUCAUGAAAAUGUUAUCAUGUACAUGAAAUAUAUUCAGUUAUCGUUAUCUACUUCACUUGCAUUGCGCUUCCUCACUUCAAUUUACUUCACCAUUAGAAUGCUAAUGUGAAAAAAUGAGGUUUGAACCAUUUAGUCAUUGAACCAUUGUUCUCAAAUAAGUUAAAAAUUUAAUUUAAAAUGGAUAGUGGUUCAACUCCAGAAUAUUUUUGCGAAGAACAACCAACAGGUGAAAGGUGGGAUCCUCUCGGUGCUCCAAAUGAUGAAGAAAGUAACAUGGACAUGGAUAAAUUUGACUACAGCUGUGAUCAUAACAAUCAAUAUGUGAUGGAAAAAAUCAGAAACAUGGAGGAAGAGCAAGAACUGCUUAAUUCAUCCUUAUUUGCAUUAACUACUCACUUCGCUCAGGUUCAAUUUCGAUUGAGGCAGGUGGUUAAUGCUCCGUCCGAAGAUAAAGAAGAUCUUCUGAAAUCGCUAGAGGAGUUUGCAUUUCGUGGUAUUCCAGAUGUUGGGUUUGUUAAAGAACGUAUGGAUGAAGCCAGCUUAGCAGAAGCAGUACGAUUGAGACGUAGUCAACAGAAAGAACUGAUAGAUAGACUCAAAACACAACUAAGAGAACUAGAGCAGUAUGCUUUCGACAGUGGAGAAGCUGGUAUUCCACAAGAUGUGUUGCUAGAGAGACAAAGAGUAAUUCUGAAUGAGCUGAAAACAAGAAUGAAUUUGGAACUAGAUGAGCAAAAUUUUCAUCAGAUGACCCAAGCGGAUCUCAGUAAACAAGUUAAUUUAGCUCUAGAUGAACUUGUUAGCCCACUUCGAGUCAAAGAGCAUCUGGUGGCCCAGUUGAAAACACAAGUAGCAGAUCUUGAACGAUUCAUAAAUUACUUACAAGAUGACACAAAACAUUCCAAAUGUUCUUGUGGGUAUUCUUAUCAUUCACUCAAACAGCCUUAUAAGAACGAGACUACUUUAGGAUUGAUUCAGAGAACUGCUACAAUCCUACAAAUGUUUGCUGCUCUACACUUAGGAUGUGGACCAAACCAGUUCAAGAAAAAUGACCUCAAGACUACCAUGAAAGUGAACCAUUGGGG